UUCGAGUCACCGAGCGACUUCUCAGAUUCACCACAACACGACCAAUUUUGCAGUUGAGCGUUGAUCAUGGCCGACUCAAACCCCCCCGCGCAGCCCGCUGCCGCCGCAGCAGAAGACACGGCGAAUCUGCACAAAGAUCCCGUCACUGGCGAGAUGAUCUCCAAGUCUGAAUUGAAGCGACGCACCAAGCAGCGAGAGGUAGAGAAGAAGAAGGCCGAAAAGGCGGCCGCUCUGCCUGCGCGCCCCAAGACCGAGAAGAAGGAGGAGGUCGAGCUGAACCCCAACCAAUACUUUGAGAUUCGGUCGAACAAGAUCCAAGCCCUGAAGGAAUCCAAGGAAAUCAACCCAUACCCCCACAAGUUCCACACCAACACGCGACUGCCGCAGUUUCUGCUCGAGCACAAGGAACUGACCAGGGGCCAAGAAGCGAAGGAGGUAGAAUGCAGGCUCGGCGCUCGUGUGAUGAGCGUGCGUGUAUCGAGUGCGUCGCUCCGCUUCUACGUCGUCAAGGCCGAAGGAAAGACUGUCCAGGUCAUGUGUCAGCUACAGAACGCGAAGGGUGACGUGCCCUACGAGAAGCAGCACGAGAACAUUCAGCGUGGAGACAUCAUUGGCAUAGUCGGAUGGCCUGGUGUCACUGCACCCAAGAACCGCCCAGAUGGUGGAGACCUUAGCAUCUUUGCUCAAGAGAUCAUCCUGCUGACGCCUUGCUUGAGGAUGUUGCCUACCGAGCAUUUCGGAUACAAGGACCAAGAACAGCGCCACCGCAACCGCUUCCUCGAUCUCAUCAUGAACGACUCAACACGGGAGACAUUCAUUACCCGAACCAAGAUCGUCAAGGGAAUCCGCCAGUACCUCGACGAGCGCGAUUUCCUCGAAGUCCAGACACCCAUGAUGAACAAGAUGGCUGGUGGUGCCACAGCCAAGCCGUUCAAGACAUACCACAACGAGCUGGACAUGGAGCUCUACCUCCGCAUCGCACCCGAGCUGUACCUGAAGGAGCUUGUAGUGGGUGGUCUCGAUCGCGUUUACGAGAUCGGCCGCCAGUUCAGAAACGAAGGAAUCGACCUCACACACAACCCCGAGUUCACGACCGUCGAGUUCUAUCAGGCGUACGCAGACUACGAAGAUGUAUUGCAAAUGACGGAGGAAAUGGUGUCUGAGAUUGUCUUCAAAAUUAAGGGAUCAUACGAGACGGUCUACCACACACAAACCGGCGAAGAGUAUCGAGUGGAUUGGUCUCGUCCAUGGAGGAGAGUUGAAAUGAUCCCUGCGUUAGAGGAGGCAACCAAGGAGAAGUUCCCCCCUGCGGAUCAGCUGCACACCGACGAGACCAACGCAUUCCUCAAGAAGGUGCUCGAGAAGAUGAACAUCCAGUGCUCAGAGCCCCGCACCAACGCCAGGAUGAUCGAUAAGUUCAUCGAGGAAACUGCCAUCAACCCAACAUUCAUCACGGGUCACCCGGAGGUCAUGUCACCGCUCGCCAAGUACCAUCGCGAUAUCCCCGGUCUCUGCGAGCGCGCCGAGGCUUUCGUCUGCAAGAAGGAGAUUGCAAAUUUCUACACGGAGUUGAACGAUCCCUUUGUCCAGGCUCAACGCUUUGCAGAGCAGGAUCGCCAGAAAGCGCAGGGAGAUGACGAGGUCCAUGGCAGUGAUCCCAAGUUCAUAGAAUCCUUGGAGAUCGGCCUUCCACCUACAGGUGUUGAUAGGUUUGUUAUGUUUUUGACCGACAACUACUCGAUCAAGGAGGUCCUGACCUUCCCCUUCAUGAAGGACAUCGAGGAGACCAAGAAGACAGCCGCUGAGGUUGUGGAGCUCGAGUCCAAGCCGGUGGAGGGAAUCGCCUUUAGUAGACUGCUCUCUUGUCCUGAACUCUGUUGCAAACCAAGGAAGAACAUUUCUUGCAAUAAGUCUACGCAGAAAGGCUACGGAGAGAUAUUCGAUGCGGAUCUCGACGAGCAAAGCGUUCGGGCCAAUGUCCUGGGCCAUAGCUUGAUCUUCAUGCGUGGUAUCGACAGUGACGCAGCUCUUGGUGUCCGAGAACACGGUCCCCCUUCACUGCCAGUCAGCGGCGUCGAAGAAGUCGAUGCCGAAGAACACAGCAGCGUUGAUGCAGCCAUGCGGGCUGCGACGGGGGAUGGAGCGGAUAAAAAGCUCGUAUCUGGCACAUCGAUCGUGUAGCUAACCAAAAAGGGUACGUUGUGGAAUCAAGUGCAGGUAUCAGAGGGAUGUUCCAUGAGCUUAGAGGGAAGUCGAUAAUGCAGAGGCCGUCCAGUAAGAUGAUGCUGCGUCAAUCUGCUCGAGCAAGACUGCCGACUGCGUUGAUACCUGUCACGACACCGCAGCCUUGGGAGCCGCGUUCCCCAGCGGUUUGCUGUAGUCGACCGUAACGAUCUGAACUCAGCAAAGGGUUGGUCGGCGAAGGUAAUGGGUAUCUAUCUCUGCCAUUGAAGAACGAUGUGUAAACAAGAAGAAAAUUUGUACAGACACCGCGGAUGCUCCAGAUUACCGCCUGAUCGAAUACCAUC